AGCCAGAUGAUCAGACACUCAAUUUCAUUGUUUACGGCUCAACCCACCUUUCUGCAUCUACCUAAAUUCUCCGGUGUAGAAGAUAACUGAGAAGUAAAUGCCUGAGUUCAAUGAGUAACUAUAGAAAAGAGAAGAGGGUGCCCGUGAACCAGAGAGAGAGAGAGAGAGAGAGAGAGAUGGGUGAUUCAGAGGGUAAGAGGAGUGAUGUGGGUAUGUGGGCGGUGGUGAUGGUGGCGAUCCUGUUGAUCGGAGGAGCGAGGGAGGUAGAGGGGGAGGAUACACCGUCGUGCGCGUCGAAUCUGGUGGCAUGCGCACCGUACUUGAAUUCAACGAAGCCGCCGGAUUCCUGCUGCACACCUCUUCGGAACGCCGUAAGCACCCAACUCGAAUGCCUCUGCAAUCUCUAUAAGAGCCCCUCUUUGAAAGCUUUUGUCAGCAACGUCACUCAAGCCCUUGAGCUUCCUAAGUACUGUGGCAUCAACGGCACCAUCAGCGCUUGCAACAAAGCGCAAGCUCCAACUUCUACUUCUACUUCUGUGCCAUCACCUCCAGGGGGAGAAGGCAGUGGCGUGGGCAGGCUGGCAUCGACCGGAAUUGCUAGUCUUCUUAUGGUUUGGUUUUCUAUGAAUGUGUUCUAGGGAGGAUUAUAUCCUUUCUGUGGGCGAAAAACUUUGAACAUUUAGGAAGACCAAUUGGUUGGUGGUGGCCUUUGUAAUAGUCUAAUAGAGAUGAGUUGAUUGAUUACUUUAAUUUCCCUUUCCUUUACGCUAAGGUUAAGUUUAGGAGUGCUUAUUUGAAGAAUAUAAGUGAAAAAUACUUAUUUUUUC